AUGAAAGAAGAUUCAAUUGUUAUUGCUAAGGUUUUGACAGCUGGUUCUAUUGCAUCGUUUACAGUGAUCUGUUGGAAAAUAUAUUUCUUGGAUGUUCCCAAGUUUUUUGAGGAUCUCAAGGAAUCGAGUGCCAAGUCAUUAAAGUCGUUCUCAGAGAUGUUCAAAGUAAACAGUGUAGUUCAGACUGCACUCAGUGCUAUUGGAACAAUGUCUAGUCUCUAUCUUAACUACAAGACCAAAGAUAAAAGAUGGUUAAUAGUGACCUCACUAAUUUCUCUACCAACUACAUUCACAAUCGCAUGGUUACGUCCUCAGGUAAACCUGAAACUUUUAGCCCUCAAGGAGAACUCUGACAAAGGUGAGGUUGCCGAUACCGAACAAGUUGAAACAUUGCUCACCAAAUGGAAAUAUGCUCACUUGAGUCGUGCUGUUGUAUCCACUGUUGCAUUGGCUAUAUUCUACUCAUUGAAACCAUUCAAGCAUUGCUUAUGA